ACCUCAUCGUCGCGACCCCAACAACUGCAUCAAGCUGAUCGAAACCCCAUCAGCAAGCUGCCCAUCAUGCCUCCUCCGCCGCCCCACACGAAGCCGGAGAAUGUGCUGAAGCGCGCUCAUGAGCUCAUGGGCGUGGGCCAGUCGCCUGCUGCCUUGAGUCUCCUCCACGAACACAUCACUUCGAAGAGAAGCCGAAAUGCACCUAUUACGUCCCUGGAGCCGGUUAUGAUACUGCUCGUCGAGCAAUCAGUCGAGCAAAAGAAGGGAAAACUGGCGAAGGAUGCCUUGUAUCAGUACAAGAAUAUCAGUCAGAAUACAAAUGUUGGCACAAUCGAGUUGGUUCUGAAGAAAUUUAUCGAGUUGGCAGAGGAGAAAGUGAAGACCGCACAAGCGAAGGCCGACGAGGUACAAUCCUCUCUCGAGACGACCGAUGCUGUUACAGGCGUCGAUGAUCUCGAGGCCAGCGAAACUCCGGAAUCCAUCCUCCUCUCUACCGUUUCUGGCGAACAAUCUAGAGACCGUACAGAUCGAGCUAUCGUUACACCAUGGCUCAAAUUUCUCUGGGAAACCUACAGAACGGUUUUGGACAUCCUCAGAAACAACGCGAGAUUGGAGAUUAUGUAUCAGAGCACUGCUAUGCAAGCCUUUGAAUUCUGCCAGAAGUAUACACGAAAGACCGAAUUCCGCAGACUCUGCGAGCUCCUCCGAAAUCAUGUUCAGACUGCUGCGAAGUACUCUGCUCAGAUGCACGCUAUCAACCUUAACGAUCCAGAUACUCUCCAGCGCCAUCUCGAAACCCGUUUCCAACAGCUGAAUGUCGCAGUUGAACUUGAGUUGUGGCAGGAGGCUUUCAGAAGUGUUGAGGAUAUCCAUACAUUACUCAACCUUAGCAAGCGGCCCCCAAAGAACAUUAUGAUGGCCAACUACUACGAGAAGUUGACCCGCAUUUUCUUGGUUGGAGAGAACUACCUCUUCCACGCUGCUGCUUGGUCCAGAUACUACAAUCUCCUCCGUCAAUCCGCCUCUAUGGUUGCAGCUGGCCAGAGCAAGAAGGCCGAUAACCCAGCAACUUCGGAGGCAGAUCUUUCCAAGGCUGCUUCUUUCGUCCUUCUAUCUGCUCUCGCCAUACCUGUCAUCAGCACUUCCAGAUCCCGCGGUGCGUUGGUUGAUAUUGAUGAAGCCAAGAAGAACAAGAACUCUCGUCUCACUCACCUUCUCGGCAUGGCCCAAGCCCCAACUCGUGCAGUCCUUUUCAAGGAUGCUAUGAGCAAGGGCCUCUUGAAGCGUGCUCGCCCUGAGAUUCGUGAGCUUUACCAGAUCCUCGAGGUCGAGUUCCAUCCCCUGUCGAUUUGCCAAAAGAUUUCCCCUAUCCUCGCCAAGAUUGGCACUGAUCCCGAAAUGGAGAAAUAUGUCCUGCCUCUUCAACAAGUUAUUCUUACCAGACUCUUCCAGCAGCUGUCUCAAGUCUAUGAGACCGUUGACCUCGAGUUUGUUGAGAAUCUUGCUAAGUUCCCUGAGCCUUUCCAAGUCACAAGAGAUACUAUCGAGAAAUUCAUCAUGAAUGGAAACAAGAAGGGUGACCUUGCUAUCCGCAUGGAUCAUGCUACUGGUGUUCUCAGCUUUGACACUGAUGUUUUCUCCUCCACCAAGGCUGUUCAGGCCAACUCUGGUAGUGGUUCUGCUGAGAGCGAGACUUCUUCUGUGCAAAGACUCCAAAGCACUCCAUCAGAAAUCGUCCGAACUCAAUUGACCCGCCUUGCCAGAUCGCUUUUCAUCACCUGCCAAUACACCGAUCCGUCAUUCAACGAAUCGAGGAUCAAAGCUCGAGAUGCAGCAUAUGCUAGGGCACGAGCAGGCGCUGAGAAAGAGCAUCUCGAUAUUCUGUCGCGAAAGGAGGUUAUCACGAAGCGAAAGGAGGAAGCCUCAGAAAUUCAGGCUAGAAAGGAGAAGGAAGAUGCAACUCGCAAACGUAUCAAAGCAGCCCAACUCCAGGAAGCCGAAGACAAGCGCCUUGCACAGGAGCAAAAGGAUCGUGAAGACAAGCGUGUGAAGGCUGAGUUGGAGAAAGUGCGGAAGGCUGAGCUCUUGAAGCAGAUUGCGGAGCUCAAGAUGAAGGAUAAGGACGGCAUCGAUAUGGAGAACUUGGACAACAUUGGCAGCGACGACAUCCGCCGCAUGAAGCUCGCCCAGCUCGAGCAAGAGAAGAACAGCAUGACCGAGAAGCUCCGUGUGACUGGCAAACGUAUCGAUCAUCUUGAGCGAGCUUUCCGUAAAGAGGAAGCUAAGAAGUUGCCUGAAGACUACGCUUCGCAGCGCGAGAAGGAUCUAGCAGCCUAUGAAAAGACCAAAGAGCAGACCCUCAAGGACGCUAAAGCCAAGCAUCAAGAAAGCGUCGAACUCAAGCACAGAUUGAGCCGCCUGGUGAGCCACUACGAAAGCUACAGAGAGACUAUUGUUGAGCGCAGACACGAUGAGUUCGAGAAGCGCAGACGUGAUGCUCAGAGAGAGUUGGAGAAGGCUGUUGCGUUACGCAAGAAGGAGUUCCGCGAGCGUAAGGCACGUGAGAAGAGAGAGAUCGCCGAGCAAGAGCGCAUCUUGCAUGAGGAGGAAGAGCGUGCAGCAAGAGAGGCUGAGGAGAAGGCUGCCCGUGACGAAAAGAAGAAGGCUGAAUUUGCCGAGUUAAAAGCGAUUCGCGAGAAGGAGAGACAGGAGGCACUGGAGAUGGCUGCACUACAAGCACGGAGAGCUGAGGAAGCCGAGAAGAGACGCGCAGAGGCGAAGGCCGCACCCAGAGGUCCGCCUCCUGCUAUGGAGAGAUCCGGGUCAUCUGGAGCUGUCAGACCACCAUUACCACUUGCUGGUGCUAAGCUAGGAUGGAGAGAGAAGGAGAAGCUCAGAGCAGAAGGCAAGGAGGUCCCAUCAACUCGCACAGAAUCCCCAAUGGCACGUGCUGCUCCAGCCAGUCGUGCUCCACCGAUGGAGCGAACUGAUUCGAAUGAUCGCCCUGCUGCUACCGGUCCUCCUCGCAUUGCCCUCGCGGGUGGCAAGCCCAGCUGGAGAGACAGAGAAGCAGCUAAGGCCAGCAGUGGAGAGCCAGCCGGUCCUCCCCCUUCAGCCCGAGUUCCUUCCUCAUCCGGAGGAGCUCCACUUUCGCGCGGUCGGUCUGGACGAGGUGAGGAGGGACGUGAUGGCUCGCCUGCUCCGGCUGCGACUCCAUCAGGUGAUGGUCUCAAGCCCAGUGGUGCCCCUGGAAGAUUCGUGCCUCCCCAUCUCCGAAACAAGAACUGAUUGGGUUUCUUUAUCGGGCACGGUUGCGGUUGCGGGUUGCGUUGCGUUUCGAGGGACAAAUCUGGGGAAUCACGAUCUCAGGGGUCGCGUUUGCAUGCAUCUUGUAAUUAAAUAGGCGUUCUAUGGUUCCAUGCGACUAGGUUGCCUCUUCGCCUGGAAGAAACGAAGCAUGGUCGAGAAUGAAGGAAGUGAAAAUGGAAUACAUUUAUGUCUGUGAU